ACCUAGUGCCACGUUGGUAGUCGUUGUAGGUUACAUUCCUUUCCUUCCCCUCUUUUCUUUUCUCUUGUUGCUUCACAUAUCACACUGCGAGUUCCAUCCAGCCAUGGAUGAUCCAUCUCAGCUACUCCAAGCAGCUACUGAUUUCGCCAAUUACCCUGGUGUUCAAAGUGAUGAUUCUGCUAGGGACUUUCUCAAUCGCUUUCCCCUCCCACUUAUAAUCAAUGCAUUACAGACUCAAGUUGAUGUGCCUGGCCUAGAAAAUACUCUAGUUGCGUGUCUUGAAAGCAUAUUCAAAACAAAGUUGGGUGCUUCUUUGAUCCCUCAGUACAUGCCUUUUGUUCAAGUCGGUCUGCAGGCAGAUUCUCAAGCAGUCAGAUCCUUAGCUUGCAAAACAGUCACUUGCCUUCUGGAUAAUCUUGAUAAUGAUCACAAAGUUGCUGCUCAUCUAAUAGCGGAAUUCAACAUAUAUCCUCUUUUGCUUGAUUGCCUUAUCAAGGGCGAUGAACAAGUGGCAGCUGUGGCAAUGGAUGCAAUAAUAAAAUUAGCUGCUUUUCCUGAAGGCAUGGGAAUUAUCUUUCCAUCUGUCAAAGGAGGCCAUACAGACCUUGGAAUUAUCGCAUCACAAUGUUCAUCACUGGGUCGAGUUCGCGUAUUGGCUUUAGUGGUGAAGCUUUUUUCUGUAUCUAGGUCAGCAGCAUCUACCAUUUACAGUUUAAAUCUACUUAAGUUGGUGGAAGCUGAAAUCAGAAAUGCUGAUGAUACCCUUGUAACUUUAAGUGUUUUGGAGCUUCUAUAUGAGUUAGCGGAGGUUGAGCAUAGUACAGAAUUUUUGUCAAAGACUAGCAUCCUUCAGAUUCUUUCAUCUAUAAUUAGCAACAAUUCUGUGGAAUCAAUUUUAAGAUCAAGAGCGAUGAUGAUAACAGGAAGGCUACUGUCCAAGGAAAUUGUAUACUCCUUCAUAGAUGAAGCUUGUGUUAAAAUUGUCAUUUCAUCUAUUGAUGGUAGACUUCAGUCCAUGGAACCUUCAGAUAGAGAUGAAUGUGAAACUGCAUUAGAAUCAUUGGGUCACAUAGGAUCAUCUAUCCAAGGAGCUACAUUACUACUCUUGGGUUCAUCACCUGCCGCUAGACAUGUUAUUAAUGCAGCUUUUGAUCGACAAGGACCACAAGGGCAUGGUAAACAGCUGGCUGCAUUGCAUGCUCUUGGAAACAUCUCAGGAGAACCCAGAACUGAGAAUAACAUCAUACUCAAUGCUGAGGCAGAAGAAAAUCUGCGACGCUUGGUCUAUGAAACUGCAUCCAGGAGCUCAAAGCUGACACCAUCGGGUCUUUUUCUGUCAGUUUUGCAGCAGGAUUCAGAAAUCCGUUUAGCGGGCUAUAGAAUGAUAAGUGGAUUGGUUGCUCGACCAUGGUGCUUGUUGGAGAUAUGCUCAAGACAAGAGAUUAUAAAUAUAGUGACCAACCCAAGUACUGAGACCACAAAAAUAGGUAUGGAAGCUAGAUAUAACUGCUGCAAGGCGAUAAGCAAAUCAUUGACGCUGUCUGGUAGGAUUUCUGCUGAUCCUGCUAUUGCGGGAAUAGCUACAAAGCUGCAGGAAGCUGUUGGAAUGGGUCCAUAUCUUGUUAGAAAGCAUGUUGAAGCCCAACCUAUUGUGAAGACAGCUGAGAGAUUUUAGUUUCCGCAAGCUGAGUGAUCAAGCAAUAACUGAAGUUUUUUUGUUUGUUUCAAAUACAAUGUGCAGUGGUAUGGAACAAAAACCUUUUUCCUUAAAAUUUAGUCUAGUGUUGACACUUCACGGAAUGAGCAUGUAGCAAAAUAUGCGGAGUGGACUGUAUUAAGGGAAAAAGAAACGAGAUAUUUGAUCA